AUGACAAAACUUCACCAUCUCAUAUAUCUUACCCUACUUUUCCUAUUGUUACCUAAAACUCACUGUACCGACUACAUUUCCGGCCCAAUCGCCGACUUCUACAUCAAUGUCACCUUUCCCGGCUGGAAACACAACGAAAGGUCAUUCAUAAUCGACACACGGUACGAAAAAGAUUUCAUUUGGGACGAAAAAAGUUACAGUAACCAAGUGGGCUACGAUAACACCUACAAUCCAGACGAAUCCAACACACAUGAGUCACAGUUCCUCUUCAAGGACCAGGUCUAUAUCGAUGGCCAAUGGUGCAGAUUGACUGGUAGACAAGGCACAGACUACCUAAGCCUACUACCAUAUAAGAACGUCAAUUGGCUGAUUGGUAGUAUUGAAACCUCGAGCUGUGGUACCAAACCGACCAAUGCUUUUAAUAAUGAAUUGAGAGCUGGUGUGAUGGGCUUCAUCAAUAAUAGAGAGUAUAAUAGAGAUUCGAUGGGCUACAGACUAGUCAAAGACUUCCAGAAUCCAGAACUCUGCCUACACAAAACUACUCGGGAUGACCGGUAAGUAGGCAUAAUUACUUGAGGUAAUAACAGGAUAAGUCUACGUAACUACCUGUGGCAAUCAACGAAAAAUUAGGCACUUUUGUAAGCAUAUCUAAGCUUCGAGUGACAUGUUAUACGUUAAAAACGAUACUUUUAAAACAUGGGAGUUCAAUGGAAGAUUUGUAAUGUAAUUUGCACUGAAAAUCUUCCACUCAAAUUCUAUUUUUAAAAUGUCUCAAAAUGGCCUAAAAACACGUUUUUAACACUUUUUAAUGGUGGAAGUUUAAUGGAAGGUUUUCAGUGCAAAACACAUUACAAAUCUUCCACCCAACUUCCAUUUUUCUGAACUCUCAAAAAUUUUCUUUACAAAACAAAAAUUUUAUAAAAACUAGCUUCCGAGUGUAAAAAAAUGCAAUAUAUAUAACUACAACAACUUAUUUCAGCCAAGCCGACACCGUAGUAGCCGUUGGAGCUACACUAUCCGAAGAUCGUGUCAUAACAUCAGUUCGAAGUGAAAGUGAACGCAGAAUCUGGUCUUUAAUCCUAGAUAAUGUUGUUUUCAACAACACUGAAGUCGAAACUGGUCGAAUUCGUGCCAUAAUCGACCCAUCAUACCGCAAUAUCGACAUUCCGACCAAGCAAUUCGACCAAAUUUUGAGAAUUUUAAAACCUGAGCACGACGAGAUUGGAGACGAAUACUAUGUGGAUUGUUGGCAACAAUUUGAGCUACAAUAUACUAUAAAUAACAGUACUGUCACUGUACCAUCUUCGUCUUUGAUGCAAAAAGUGAGAAAGUUCGGAAAAGACUGUCAUUUGUUGUUAUCACCAACCAAGAAUGCCUUAAGAUUGGGUGUGCCGUUCUUUUUUGAUAACGGUGUUUGUUUGAAGUUUAAUUGGGAAGGGAGAAUCACGUUCUACGAUGCUUCGUUUAUUGGAAACAGCACAGUAUUCGGCGACACAUUCGGCGCUUAUUAUCGAUCAUAUUAA